AUAUCAAAUUAGUAAUAUCGCAAUAAUGUCGAUCGCCACUGACGAUACCAAAUCAUCGUCGUAAAACGCUCAUGUAAGUCUGCACCUUUGCGACUAUGGUUGACAGCUGACAACAUGUAAACAAAUUUUGAAUUUUGCUAUUUUUACUAGAAUAGAAAUAUUUGGUUCUAAAAUUAAUUCCCAAAUUACAUUUUUUAUGUUUUAUUUUUAAAUUUAUUACAGGGGCUUCCAGCAUUACUAGAUUUUGGUGCAAUUAAUUAUUUCGCAUUAAAAUGAGUAGUUAUAUAACAAACCUUUUGCAAGGAUUAGGGAAACCUACCAAAAGGGGUAUAAAAAAGUGCUCUAAAUGUGGGGUAUACAAUGGAACGAGAGGCAAUUUUUGCAAAAAUCAACAGUGUGGGACUUCUCUAAAACAUGCGACCAAUUACUUGAUUGAUUUUGAUGCUGUUCAACUAGAAACAGGCACUGUUCGACAAGUAUUCUCCGUUCAUGUUGCUAAAGAUUCCAUAUCAGAGUGCAGAGGAUUUGUGCAAUUGCCCCAUGUACAAUAUUGCACAGAAGAUCAAAGCAACUUAUUGUCAAAUGUUGCUCUUUGUUUUGUGGAUAGCUGCCAAAGUUCAUUUGACAACUCCAUUCUUAAGUGCCAUGAAGAGGAGCCAAGUUAUAUACAGUCUGAAGUAUGUAGUCACAUUAAUUUAGCCUUAAGAAGCCAGGUGACUGCUAAGCCCUUAAUUAUUGAAAAAAAUAUCUUAACCAGCCUGAAAAUACCAGAAGAAUGCAAGGAAAAACUGUGGUUACUUGCUUGUGACACUAAACGUCCAUUGGUUCAAAGGGUGGCUACUAAUGUCAUAGCUGUUAAAUGUCAAGUAACCCCAAAACAACCACUGGGGUACUUGCAUUUUACUUUUUUGAAGGGCAAAAAUAAAGGGUUUGAGAAAUAUCAUUGUAACUGUACUGAAUAUUUAAUGGCAGGAUGCCAUGAUAAAUCAAUGGGUAUAAAAUAUAAAUGUAUCCAUUACUAUGCUUGCAUAGCGGCACUUGCCAGUAAUCAAGACUAUUUUAAUGAAUUUCACAACUUUCUUGCUAAUGAGAUCACAUCAAGAAAUAAAGCAACUUGUUCAAAUACUAUUAAAGGUACAAAACAAAUAGAACCAUUUGCUGUCAAAGGGAAAUAUAUUAAUAUAAUUUCAAAUCAGUUGAUUAAAAAACAAACAGUAUCUAAGGAUAUAUCAAAAUCGGCACUAAAAAGUCAAAAAUAUAUAAUCAAGAGAUGCAAAAAGAUAGUGCCAAAAAUCUACCCAAUAGAAAUAAAAGUUCUUAACGAAAUAACGCCCAACAAAGACGAAAAUAAUGUGUCGUGGCAAUUUUUUGAUUGGUUAGCAUUUGUCACGGAAUCGAUUAAUAAAACUAUGCAGUUUAUUAAUUGUGGAAUAAUUAAUACACAAGUGUUUUAUAUACCAGAGGAUUUCUUCGAUUCGUUUAAAAAACGAAUUCCCGAAGGCUAUGAAGAACAAACUACUGACAUAGGUUCAAUCUAUUAUAGCAUAAUGAACGUCAACCAUGUUAAAGAAGUAUUUGACACACCAAAGGUAAAACUUCGUAUAGCAAAAAAAUUCAUUCACGAUCAAGAAAAAGGUUACAUUGAGUACGACGAUGAAACUAAUGAAUCAACCUCCCUUUAUCAGUCAUCCUUUAUAUUUUUCUUAAAUGUAGGACAAUCUACUGUAGACGAAAGUGACAACUGUAAUAAUGCUUUUAUUAUAGAAUGGUUGCCUAAUAUGUUUACCACAUCCAGUGUUAGUCAAUUGAAAGUGCAAUAUAAAUAUGGUAGGAAAAGUAUUUAAUGUAUAUACAUAUAUACAGUGUGUCUAUUCAGUCAGUAAACUUUUUUGUUAUUAGUUGUAGGAAAAUAAGUUAUUCUUUGUAAAAACUUCUGCAUAAUCCAAAACCUAAAAUGCAAUAAUCAAAUACGAAAUUUUAUUAGUCGUAGGUUUUUCACAAACUAUGCAUUUUGAUCAAGAGUAAAAUACCUUUAUUUUUGACAAUAAGGAAAUUUGUUCUAAAAAGAAGUUGUUUAGAAUAUGCAAUUAUUUGCUGGUACUUAUAUCUUGUCCCUAUUUAAUAUAACAAUGGAAAUGUAAGAGUAUUUACGUAAUUAUAUAGGGGAAAGGCGGGCAAAAUGGGGUAGUUUGUCACCAAAUAAUGAUAACUUUAGUAUUAAUUGACACAGAAACUUUAAUUAACGAAAAAAUAUUUCUACAUAUCAUGCCUAAGUUAUAAGAGCUUAAAAUAAAAUAAAAAAUAUACAAGUUUUUUGUUACAGUCAAAACAAUGCUAAUUGCCCUGUUUUGCCUGCACGGUCGGGCAAAAUGGGAUUGGACCUUACUUGCAUAACUCAUCAAAUAAUCAUAACUCGUCUUCAAAUCCUGCUCGUGAGUUAUGGGCCCAGUGGUGACACAUUGAGCAUGCUAUCCAUCCUUCCGUUGACGAAGAGUAAAAAUCUCCACAGUAGAGGCACUCCGCAUCACUAACUUCACUGUCACUUGAGUCAUUAUUUUUCAGAAUAGUGGAGGCUUUAGUAAUUUUUUUCUUUUUUGGUGCUUGUGCAAGGUUUUUCUUCACAAGAGUUUUCAAUUUAGAAUUUUUAUUCUCUUUUUGCUCAGCUUCCUCUAGCUCGUUUUUGUAAGGCGAAGAUGAGAAAAUAGCAGUAUUUCCUCUUUUACGAGAAACUCUUUUCUCAGCUAGUUUUAUUUUAGGGAUUGGAAUUAUACCCUCAGGACUAACAAUCUUAAAGUUUACCUCUGAAUCAUUUGAUGUACCUGGUUUGAAAAUAUCAAUGGGUUCUGGAGUUUUUUCUUUAACUAAAUUAAUUUCCGAUGGUUGUGUUUCAUUCAUAGUUUCACUAUUAUUGUUUUUAGGUGGUAAGUUUUCAUUUUGUUCAACAUUUGUUGUUUCGGAAGGCAAAAAGUUUGCAUCAGUGAAAACAUCCUUAUUGACUGGCCAAACUCCAGUUUUUAAAAAUCCAUUCAUGGCAGUAAGCGGUGUAGCUGCUCUGAAGUAAGCUACACAAAAUAAUUUAGUUAUUUGUUGUAAGGUAACUACAGGACCAGGCUUAGCUCUAAGUCAUUUGAGUACUUCUUCAGCGUAAUAUGUACUUAUUGGUUUCAUUAAAGCUACAUCUAGGGCUUACAGCCGAUGGGUGCAAUGGGGAGGGUAGCAGAUCAAAAUAACUCCAUGUUCUCUGGCGUAAUUAAUAACUUUCAGGUUUUUUGUGUGGGAUGAAUGUCCAUCCAAAAGAAGCAGAACUGGUCGGUCUUUUGAGGGCUUGGCAAAUUCAACAAAUUUUUUGCACCAAAUAAAGAAUACUUUUUUAUCCAUCCACCCACUAUCAUUUAGCUCUACCCAACAGCCAGGAACAAUUCCAUCCAUGAAAGCUUGUUGCAUUUUUUUCUACCAAAUAUAAACAUGGGAGGCAUGUAUGCUCCUGAAGCCGAAAAGCAUAUUUCAACAGUGACGGUCUCACCCCUCUCCCCUGACGUCAAGGCUCCGACUUGUCUUUUCCCUUUAGUGGCAAUAAUUUUAGACAUUCCCUUUGGAUUAACUGACACUCCGGUUUCGUCCACAUUAUAGAUUUUAUCGUUAGUUGAUAUUUAUCUACAGUUUCGAUAAGUAAGUUAAAAAAAUUACCUACAGCCACUUUAUUAAACCCUAUUGCUCGAGCUCCAGAUGUUGCUUCUGGUGUUCUGAUUGAAAGUUCUGGAUGUCGACGCAAAAAGGAUGUGGACUUCCCAGCCAUGGCAAAUUCUUUAUUAAACAGAUGAUCAAGUUCAUUGAGCUCAGCUAAUUGAAAUGCUAAACGCCUGCAUUCAGUCAUCGUUAAUCUAUAUAUCAGAUAUCAGGUGAAAACAAGGAAUGUCCAGGAGACAAAGGUUUUUUGUUUAAAAAUGUCAUACCUUGAUUGUUUAAACAUAUAAUAAAAGUAUUCGUGUUUCAGAAGCAUCUUAUACCAUCGCAGAACUAGCAAAGAGUCAAAAAACUAAAAAGUGAAACUUCUGGCAAAAUAGGAUCAUUUUUGAAGUAACGUUUUCCUUGUUUAGGUGAAAAAAAGUAUUGUUCAAUGUAGUUCUCUGUGAAAAAAACAAAACAAUCUUUGAGUUGAAGUAUUAGGUGUAUGAACUGUUUCAUUCUUACUUAAUGUAGCAUUUUUCGGUCGAUUUGCUUCUUAUUGAAUUAAGACAGGGAUGACUUAAAAGGCUCUCAGUGUAUCUGUAACAAGAAAAGCAUUCUUCAGAAAUCAUGAAUAGUUUUUUUACUAUUUUAUUUCCUUACCUACAAAUGAAAUGUUUCUUGGUGGUUAUUUUUUUUAGGUGUACAUUUUUCAGUUUCUUCUUGGACCAAUUUCACUUUGGUUGCUAGAGAGACCUGUGCAUUUCUAGUACAUUUACGACUUAAGUUUUUAGGAAGUUUGUCUUCAGGUUUCUGAGAAGGAUUUGCUUGAGCAAUAGUUGGAAGCUACAUGUGGAUGACUGGUAUAAAGUUGUUUUACUUCAUCACACUGACAUAAUUUUAAUAAGGACAUAAGGUCUUUGUAUUUUUUUAAAUCUAUAGGAAUCAGUUCGAAAUAAGAUUAUGAAGGCAAAAUUCAAAUCGUGUGCUGCUUGGAUUUAUUUUGGGUAUAAUUUUAUUUAAACUUUUCUGCAGUUUUUUUUAACCAUGGAGAUUCUAACAUCACUCGAUUGUAGGAAUCACGAUGAGAUACAAGUCGUACAUUUCCCUAAAGUUAUUUUAAACUCCCUUAUUUUUUGAAUCGGGAAUGGACACUUUUUUGCAUAUUUUGUACAGAAAAACUCAGUCCACUCCUUCACAAAACGGAUCUACCGAAACUACAGUAAAUGGCAUUGGUUUUACCAUAGAUGUCAAAAUAGUUUGUUCCCAAUCUCUCCAUUCUCAACUUUAUAUUUAUCAGUCCCAUGUUCUUGUCGCAUUCUAAGUAUGAAUGCCCACGCAGCCGAUAUGUCAACUGUAUUGAGUCGAAAAAUAUUAUAACGUGUAUCAUGUAGGGGGUAAAACGAACGAAGAUGUAGUUCUGAUUUUAUCCGCCUGCAACAUCGCAAAAAAUAUAGAAUUUUCUUACUUCCAUGAGCAACAAAUUCAUACAAAAAUCAAAAAGGAAAGAACACACUUCCUCAAAUUCUUUUUUUUGCAAUGUAUUAAGGAUACGUGUGAAAAUAUGAUAGAGCCUUGGAAAGAACAUGGACAAUAAAGGAGAACAUGGAGAGUUGACGUUUGUAGUACACGUCAUUGGCAGAUAUAUUCGAAAGGGAAAUGUUUUUUUGAUAGUCGAUUGAUAUGGCUUCAAAUUCUGUGAUAUGUUUAAAAUAUGUCUCUUCGAGCUUUAGUGCGGGCACCAGAUUUUCGAUCAUAAAAAGUUUGCGUUUUCCGCAAGUGAAGUUCUUUUUCGGCAGUGAGUUUGAUGACGUGUAAGCCAAUUGACUGCGCCACUUGUAUAAGACAAUUCUCAGCAGCGCACAUAGGGGUAUUUCAUUAAUCCAUGCGGCCAAAAUUAUUUUUUUGUUUUUAUCUAUGCCAAAGGAUAUUUUAAAGUAAAUAACAUCUUAUUUUAAUAAGUAUAUUUAAUAUGAAAAAAAUUAAUAAUAAUAAAAUUAAUAAUGAUAAAAAAACUAACAUUCGUCAAAUAAAAUAUCAUCUUCGCUGUCUGAUGGAUCUGCAGUAGUUACGCUGUCUGGAGGACUGGCAGGCAUCAGAAGUGUUAUGGUUUCUGGUAGAAAAGAUCCCAAUUUUCUUCUGUUUACUUUCCUUAUGCCACUUAAUACCGGAUCGGAACUUAAAAGAAGCCGAUUAAAAAUGUCCCUGUUGCAGUCCUCCCUGGAGAAUUUUCGGGCAAAAUCUUGACGGUAUGCUCGGAAAUGUUUAUUUCGGGCUUCUGCAGCCUCUUCGGAGAGCUGUCCAAUGGGCAAUAAUGCAUUUUUUAUUAUAACUGCACCAUGAAUAAGUACUUUAUGCAUAGUUGGACUCAUUGGGUACCAAGGGUACAAACUAACAUAUAACCUAGCAGUUUCCAAUGCAUAUAUGUUGUAUUUUUCAUGAUUAAUUAUAUAACCACUUGAAAUUACUUUUAGUCUCUAGAUUAGCUCAUAGCUAAUGCCAGUUAUUUCUGAUGACAGUUUUGGGUCCUCGAAAAACCUCCUGCUCGUGUUGCCGUCAUUUGUAUUAUCACCGAAAUUAGCCUUUGGCAUAUCCACUAAGAGUCCAGUUUCUCGGCGAAAUCUUUCCUGAAUUUCAAGCUUUCUCUCCUUUUCCAUACUUUUUUCUGUUUCGGUCUUUCGUUCUCUGUAUUUUUUCACCGGCAAUUUAUAUGCCAAGUGGAGGAUAGUUUCGAAAAAGCGAAUUCUCGCAUGUAAAAUUGAGAGUCCAAACUCUAAAGCUUCAGAACAGACUGGCUUUUCUAGAUUUAACUGGUUAAAUUCUUUGGAGGUUGCACCACAUAUAUAGCACUUGCUGGUUGAUUUAGUGCCUGUAGCUGCAUUGCAGACCUUUCCAUCCACCAUUGUCAUGAUAAAGACAUGCCUAACUAACAAUUCUUUUUCUUGUAAAUUAACACGUGUUGGUUGAAGUCCCUGUAUAGACUUAUUUAUAUACUCAAUUUCUUCCUGCGUAACAUAUGUACUUUCUUUUACGAAUCGAAACCUUAUUGGUCUACAGUACCUGGGAGAUGAGGGAGUAGGAUUUUCCCAGACUAUAUUUUUACCUUCUUUACCACAAACUAGUCUUAGAGGUACAAAACAGCUUUGAAAUAUGUUAGCGUCUGAGUCGGCGUCAUUUUCAAAUUUUUGUUUGAAUUGACAUUGUUGUGAGCCAUCACAGCCCCAUUUGCAAAUAACCUUUAAACUGUCUUUUUCUUCCUCUCUCAGCGUUAUUAGGACUUCGUUCAGGUAGGUAGAUAAACGCAUUACGGUGAGAUCAACCAAAGCUUGCAAAUUACUUUCGGCACUGGUAUUGGUUACGUUGCAUUCUUCUGUUGGUGGGUAACAUUUUUGUUUUUCUUUUUGUAAAAGACUGUAACAAGGAAAAAACUUUUUGUUCGUAUUUCGGAUUACCUCAUAUUGUCUUCGAGUUAAAUCUGCUUCCACAAACAUUGAUAGCGCCUCCAAUGGAGCAAGUUGGGUAGGCUCUUUGGUUUUUGUUUCUGAAAACGCCUUCUUAUAUUUCGUAGCACGUAACGGGCUACUUGUGGUUAUUUCCUUCAGUAUGUCGGAAGCAUCGCGUUUUCCGCUUUUUCGCAACUCAACCUGAGCAGCAUGAAUGAUAACUUCCUUGGCUAAUAAAGCCCGUAUUUCUUCGGUUUUUCUUCUUUUAGUCCUUUCACUUGAUUCUUCAAACAUCUUAGGUGGUCGGCCUGGCCUUUUUUGAAUAACCACGGGAAUUUCAAUAGUUCCUUCUAACCAUGAUUGAUUGUAUUUAAAAAAAAAACACGUUUUCCUUCUUAUGGGCCUUUACCCACCUUUGCUUCGUUUGUGAUUUAAAACGUGCAAAACUGGCUUUAAAACUUUCAAUUUGAUCUUCUGUAAAAUUGUCACAGGACAAAAUUUGAUCCUUCAAAGCAUUUAGUUUUUCUUCCAAACUUGGUAGACCCAGGGCCUGCAUACGGUCGAACAUGUUUCUACGGGUCACUAGUUUUACUUCCGAGGGACCUUGGCAAUCUAUAACAAAAAAAUGUUCGCCUGUUAUUACUCUUACAAUAACAAUGUUUUUAUUUUAUUUUUAUUCAGAUAAAAACAAAUCAAUUCAUUGUGCCCUAGUAGUACUUAUCCGCGCUUUUCCGCGACUAAUUAUAAAAACAUUUACUUCUACAGGACUAAAACCUUUAAUCGUAAUAGAAAUAAUAGCUGGAUCUAGGUGGAAAGUAUAUCAAAUCCAUUAGUAAGCAAAAAUAAUACCCAAAAAAAUCUUCAUAAUACUUGUUACGGUUUAAAUUUUAUUAACUAAAUAAAAA